GCGUACAUACAUCUUUUUUUGUGUUUAUUCCAGUUUAUUCUCAUUCUCAUUCGCCUCGUCGAGUCCGAAUGUGUGUGCGUUGCGGUAAGAGUUUCAUGUAAGUUCCGGUACGUUUUUCAGAAAACGGAAGGCAGAAGAGAGCCCGGGACAGUCGAUCAUCACGUACGUGGCCGAUUGACUUGAAUUAUAUCGCCGAGAGGGCAUAUAACUUUAUAAGCCGCUUCUUGGGAUUCCUCGACUCCCUCCGUCCCUCUUCCUGUAUCGAAGUAAAGCACAACGAGGUAUAACGAUACUUUUAGCGCGGCAAUGGCAACGACAACCAAGCAGACCAUCGUCGGCGACGAAGACGACACUUUCUAUUACAUCGGUGUAAAAGCGUCCCCGUUCGCGACCGAUUGCGCGGUCUUCGGUUUGUCGCCGAAGGAGAUAGCAGCUUUACGUACCCGUUUCCCGCUGGCCGCCGGUAGCACGAAUGUCUUGAAUGCAAUUAUGCUAAAAGGCACACCGUUCUCCGUCAUAAAUGCUCUAGCUGAGCUCGGCUAUCGAGUUAUUUGUACUACCGGAGAUGCCGAGAUACUUUGGACAAUGCAGCGGGAAAAUUAAAUGUUAUAAAAAUGGGCCUUACUGCAAGAACAUUAUAUUAUCUACACAUAUAUUCUCUUGAAGAACUUAUAUAUAUAUAUGAUAUAUACAUGUGUCUUUAUGAAUCCAACUGUAGAAAUUAGUUUCGAUAAAUCGAUGAGAUUUGCAAUUUUUUGAAUUUUUUUACAUUUGCUUUGAUAUCUUGCGAGUAGUGAGUAUUUGUCUGAAAUUACGUCUGUGUAACUGCGCUUCGAAGUUUUACGAGUUAAAUGUAUAUACGUACGGAUCAAUUUGAAAGGGCUAUCUUUAAAAAAUGUUCUAUUGUACCUUGCGAAAUUGAACCGGUAUGUGUACGAAGUGCAGCGUGUAUUCCGUUAGAAUAGUUUGGAAAAUGAAUAUUUCAUCUUUCCCUUAGGAAACUUAUGCAUUAGUCCUUGUACGAAAUCGCACGAAGGGUUCUCACGUUAUCGAACGUGAUAUUUUUUUGUGUACCGCCGCAAUGACGAGUUCCUUCUUUUACGACUUCGAAAAUUGACGCGGUAAGAUUGUAUAAUCAUGAUAAGACUGUUUGGGAGGGAAAGAGGGGGAGGGGAGGGAAGGGGUACGAUUCCGGAGAUUGAACCGCGUAAAGACUUUCGCAACGCGCAAAAUAAAAUCGCGCUGCGGAUUGUAAUUUAUUGUAAUUUAGUGGACGCGGAAAUUCUGACCAAAGGAACGUGCGUUGAUUGCAUUAUAUCCGUUAUACAUGCAAUAUGGAAGUAUUAAUUAAUUAUACAAUGAUUUGUGAUAUCUUUACCUCGUUGCAUGAAAAAUGGGUUUUUUUGAAAUAUUUGCCUUGUUGAAGGUCUAGAACGUGAAUCUUGUAGGAUCCAGAUGGGCCAAAUCGGGCGCAACGUUGUUUACAUUGCAUCAAAUUUGGCCCAUACUGGCUUCAAACUGUGUCCACUUAUAUGUGUUUGUGGAGAACGAAAUUUUAUUAUAUACAUGCAAAAAUACCAUUUAUACAUAUUAUAUCUUUAUAUUAGUAUAGUAUUAUAUCUAAAUAUAAUAGCGUCUAAUUACUUUUCCCACCAUUUGCUUUAAUAGAGGUGAUUUAUCGUAUAGUUAUUGUUACACGUGAGAUAUUGUUCCUCCGGAUCGAUUGCGGUCCAGAGAGUUUUAUUUCUGAUUGUAGAGCCAAUCAGAAAAAAAAAUUGAUAUAUGAUGUUUGUGAUGCUGUUUAUCAAUCUUAUUGCAAAUUAUAAAUGUCGAUCUAAAGAUCCUACCACAAAGCAUUAAUAUCAAUCCAAAGUAUUAUUGCAAUCGAUGUUUCCUGUAUUUGUUAAGAAUUCAAUCUACAAAUUGAACGAAAUUAUAAAGAACGAUCGUUAUCUCGCAGUGUGACGCUUAUAUUGUUAGUUUAUAUAUUAUACAUGUAUAAGUAGAAAAAAAAUCAAAAGUUACAGUUGGUGACGGGAACGAAGAGCAUUUGGCGUUAUAAUUUUAACAGUCUGAAUAGUUGAUUCCGAGUAACGUUCGCGCUAGUUCGACGAAUUUUAUAUUUAUGUAAUGUAUUUUAUAUUUAAGUACAGCUAAUUAAUCUCUUUCACACGUGAAACUACAUAUAUUUUGUAUGUACGACAGUUGUACGCGGCCCUAAUAACUCAGCGUGUAAUUGAAUGUUGUACAUGAUCGUUUGUGUUUAGAAACUAUAUGAGAAAUAAAUAUACCGAUGAAGAA